AUGUCUUCUACUACUGUUUUGGUCACGGGUGCAAAUGGUUAUAUCGCCCAACAUCUUGUUCAACAACUUUUACUCUCUGGUUAUAAAGUAAUUGGGACGAUUAGAACAAAGGAGAAAGCGGAGAGGUAUUCCAAACUUUUCAACAAUGAAAACUUAACACUUGAAGUAGUUCCCAAAUUAGAAUCCAAAGGAGCAAUUGAUGAAGUCUUGAAACAACAUCCAGAUAUCACAGUUGUUGCACAUCUUGCUACUCCACCAACGUCCGGAAACGACAUAGAAAAUGAGAUUAUUAAACCUACUGUUGACUUCGCCAAAAAUGUCUUUGCCUCGAUCAAAACUCAUGCUCCUCAGGUUACAAGAGUUAUUUAUGCGUCUAGUAUCUUCGUCAUGGAGCCACCAAAUAAAUUAUUUGAUACCACACAUCCACUUAAAGACAACACUUGGCAUGAAUUAACUUUCGAUCAAUCAAAAUCGGAUAAAAUGUUGGCUUAUUGCUAUUCCAAAAGAAUUGCCGAAGAAUUGGUUUGGGAAUUCGUUGAAACCGAGAAUCCAAAUUUCAAAUUAUCAACAAUCUUACCUGGUGGAUCAUAUGGUCCAUUAGUGUUCGAUGAAGAUGUUACUGACCCAAUGCCUUCCUCAAGUAAUUUCCUUUGUCAAUUAGUCACUCUCAAAAAGGAAGAUCCAAUCCCACAAUUUGGACUUCCUACUACUGAUGUCAGGGAUGUUGCUAGAGCAAUUAUAGUCGCUUUUAAUUCGGGGGCAGCAGUUGGGAAACGAUUAGUUGCGGUGAAUGGGAAAUCAACUAGCGAUUUAUUAGUUGAGCUUAUUAGUAAAUAUUUCCCAGAUAAAUAUGAUUUACCCGAUGUUUCGGUUGACGUUUCACAGUUUGCAAUUGAUCAGUUUGAUAAAAGCAAUGAGGUAUUGGGGUUGAAGUAUAUUCCGCUUGAUAGAACUGUUAUAGAUUCUGUUUCUCAGGUAUUGAGAGUUAAGGAAAAGGGAACCAGUUAA